AUGCAGAGGUACGGGCUGCAGCUCCGCAAAAAGCCGGCGACCUCCUCGUCGUCUCGACCGCCACCUCCGGCGCGCCCCCUGGCGGCCUUCGCCGACGACAGCGAUGACGAUGUGGAGGCCGACAUCCUCCGACAGUCAUCAAAGAAACGCGCCCUCGAGAAGGUGGAGGAACUGCAGAAGAAGGCGAUGGAGGAGGAUCCCUCGGUGUUUGCCUAUGAUGAGGUGUACGAUGAUAUGAAGGAGAAGGCCGCUCGGCCCAAGAUACAGGCCAAGGUUGUUCGCGAGUCAAAGUACAUUGAAGCACUUAAGGAGAAAGCAGAACAACGAAAACGAGAACAGGACAUAGUGUAUGAGAGGAAGCUUCAUAAAGAGAGGAGCAAGGAAGAUCACCUGUUUGCUGACAAGGACAAGUUUGUAACAUCUGCCUACAGGAAGAAACUUGAAGAGGAGAAGAAAUGGCUAGAGGAAGAAAGACGACGGCAGCUUCAAGAAGAAAGGGAUGAUGUAACUAAAAAGAAAGACUUGAGUGAUUUUUACUUUGGGCUUGCUAAGAAUGUUGCUUUCGGUGCACGGACACAUGAGGGUACAGAAACUACAGAACCUGAAAAGUUGGAAAAUAAAGUAGAAGAUAUUCAAGGUAGCAAGUCUGACGCCGAAGCAUCCAGUCGUUCUCCUAAGCGCAGGAGGGAAUCCAGUGUAGGAUCAGAGAAGGCUCAUGGAAGUAGCAGUGUGGUAGAACCUUCAACUACUGGAUCAAAAGAUUCAACAGCUGUUAGAUCUACUGAGAAAGAGGCAGAUAUUUCUACAUCUGCUUCACAGGCUCUCCAGAAUACUCAACCAGCACCAAUCACCGACGAGCACUACAAGAGGAGUAACGACGCACUUGCCGCUGCUAGAGAACGAGCACUGGCUCGUAAGAGAGCGAGGGAGUACUUGACAUUUGUUUUCAACUUGCAACAUUUUCAGUGGAUGAUUCAGUGGAUGAUGCACACAUCUCUCUUGCAUGAAUAUAUUCAUUUGGUUGCUGUAUGA